UGCACGCAUGAUCGAUGAAUUUCAGCUUUCAAGUCCCCCAACCUCGAUCCCCUCCUAGUGUACGAUUCAUGUAGUGCGCAAAGAAUUGUAGUUCCGAAAUCCGGACAUGGGCGUGGUAGUAAUUUGUCCACUAUGACGGGGGUGAGUUCACGAAUAUGGGGUCGGAUCGGGCGUUGGUGCUUGAAUCGACUCAAGCGUAUGGUGGUGAUUGUCAUGCUCCUGGCUUUGGUCACCACUAUCGUGGGAUUCGUGUUCCUGUUCUUGAACACGUCCAAUUUGUCCUCCUAUCUCGUUCCUACCUUGUCUCGCAAUCGCGCUCAAGCCGUGGUCACAUUGGACGAGGAUGGUGUGAUGCGGCAAAAGCGACCCAUGGUCCAGUUUUACCCGGAUAAUCAGAAUAAACUGCUCUUCCGAAAGAGUCAUUCCACAAGGCCAGAGUUUCUGUCCAAGCCACAUCGGAUUGUAGGGAAACGGGAAAAUGGAAAGUCCAACCCAUCGUAUGAGCAACUAGCUAAAGAGUGGGUGGUUCAACCUCCGCGAACUCGCUCUCAAAGGCUGGCGUCGAAGAAGAAGAGCGAAGAUGAAGUCUCUUAUGAUAUUCAUGUGUUCUAUUACGGAUGGUAUACUAAUCCAAGUUUGGAUGGAGAGUAUUCGCAUUGGAAUCAUGCCUACUUACCCAAUUGGAACCAACGAGAUCACAAACAGUAUCCUACUGGGCAUCAUAACCCGGUGAAUGACGAUUUGGGAUCGAAUUUCUAUCCCGAACUAGGAGCAUAUAGCUCGUUUGAUCCAAAAAUAAUUGUGGAGCAUAUGAAACAAAUCAAAUCAUCGGGAGCGGGAGUCUUGUCAGUGUCGUGGUACCCACCUGGUUUGGCUGAUGAAAACGGGAAACCCUCGGACUCUCUCAUUCCCACUCUCCUUGAUGCUGCUCAAUUAGCAGGGCUGAAAGUGUGCCUCCAUGUCGAGCCCUAUAAUAAUUUAAAUGUCACAAAUUUCCGUCAGUUCAUUCAAUAUGUGCGAGAUCAUUAUUGGGACCAUCCGGCUUUUUAUAAGCGGAAAGUUGGUUUCCGUGAGCUACCCAUGUUUUACAUCUACGACUCUUAUCGCAUUCCGUCUUCCGAGUGGCAAAGGCUCUUCAGCCGAAAAGGCGACUUAUCCGUACGGGAUACGGACUUGGAUGCCAUCUUUAUUGGACUAAUUGUGGAGUUGCAGCACAGGGGGGAAAUCAAGCGUGGCAAGUUCGAUGGCUUCUACACAUACUUUGCUGCCAAUGGCUUCUCCUUUGGUUCCUCGUUUAAGAAUUGGAAGAACCUUAACGAUUAUGCUCAAAAGAACUCGCUACUGUUCAUCCCAUCUGUUGGACCAGGUUACAUUGAUACCCGUAUUCGUCCAUGGAAUGGACAAACCAUCAGGGACCGACGAAAUGGAGAAUACUAUGCUUUGGGUUGGCGAACCUUGCUCCGGUUUAUGCCUAAAACGGUAUCCAUCACGUCGUUCAAUGAGUGGCAUGAGGGUACGCAAAUUGAGAAAGCUGUUGCAAAACAGACCAAGGAUGGAUCCUACGAAUAUUGUAGCUACGAACCCCAACCUUCAAAUUUUUACUUGUCAGAGACGCGUCGACAUGUCGAAACAUAUUUAAAACUCCGAAAGGAUUUCUAACUUCACCACAUAUUAAUAAAAAUAUAUGCAGUCUUCUGUCAAAUACAACGAGAACAAGA